UCGAGGAUUUUACUGGAUCGUCGUGCUCGGUUCCCACAACCUUCGCGUCCUCUUCAUCCCCAAACUAUCGCGAUGGAGGAACAAACGCAGAGCCCGAAACGACGGCGUCUGGUCCUGGUUCCAUGUCCAUACCAGGGCCACAUAACUCCAAUGCUUCAACUCGGCACCUUCCUCCACAACAAUGGCGGCUUCUCCAUCACAAUCGCUCAUACUCGCUUCAACUCCCCCGAUCCUUCUAACUAUCCGUUUUUUCAAUUCCUUUAUUUAGACGACGGAAUUCCAAAGCACGAAGCUAUUCCAGUCGAUCUGAUCGCCGUGCUUUUGGAUCUCAACGUUAAUUGCAGAGCAAGUUUCGAAGAUCAAAUGCGCAGAUUGAUCGGCGGCGGCGGCGGAGGAGCGGGGGAGGAGGUCGUGGCGGGCGUAAUUUACGAUGAAGUGAUGUACUUUUGUGAAGAAAUUUUGAGUGAUUUGAAGGUGAGAAGCUUCAUUCUGAGGACUACCUGUGCUGCGGCUUCUCUUGCUCGGAUGGCUCUGGUUCGCCUCAACGACGAAGGCUACUUUCCUUUGAAAGAAUGUAUGUUACAGAAUCCAGCGCCGGAGCUGCAUCCUCUGAGAUUCAAAGAUCUGCCAAUUUCAUUAACAACAGGCUUCACCAAAUACCCAACACUGGUUAAAGGAAUGUACAAUCUGGAAACACCUAUCAAAGCCGAAGCCAUCAUUUGGAACACAAUGGAAUGGCUCGAAGAAUCAAUAGUAGCCCAAAUCAAAAGCAAAUCCACCACAGUCCCACUCUUCUUCAUUGGCCCUCUACACAGAAUAGCCUCUGCGAGAACCAGUGUGCUCAAUGAGGACUUCAACUGCUUGCAAUGGCUCGACGAGCAAGCCAACGGCUCGGUCGUUUACGUAGCCAUUGGAAGCAUAGCUUCAUUGGGUGAGAAGGAAUUGGGAGAAAUGGCAUGGGGGCUUGCCAACAGUCAGCAGCCGUUCUUGUGGGUGGUUCAACCAGGUGCAGUUCGUGGCUCGAAGUGGAUCGAGGCCUUACCAGAUGGUUUUCGAGAGGCGGUCGGAGGAAGAGGAUGUGUUGUGAAAUGGGCACCCCAGAAGGAAGUGUUGGCACAUAGGGCUGUGGGGGGAUUUUGGAGCCAUUGUGGAUGGAACUCAAGUAUGGAGAGCUUGAGCGAGGGAGUUCCUAUGCUGUGCAGUCCAUGUUUUGGGGACCAGAAAGUGAAUGCAAGGUAUUUGAGCCAUGUUUGGAGGGUUGGGCUGCAGCUGGAAAAUGGGUUGGAGAGAGGAGAGAUUGAAAAUGGGAUUAAAAGACUUAUGGAUGAAGAACAGGGCAGAGAGAUUAGAGACAGAGCCAAGCAUUUCAAGGAGAAAAUUGAAGCCCAUGUCAAGGUAGAAGAAGAUCAGUUCUCCUCACGCACACACUUGAAAGAUCUUGUUAGCUUAUUGAGCUCAUUUUGAUCAUCCAAGUAAGUUUCUUAGAUUUCCAGUUCUUCAAUCCUCUGUUCAAGUUCAUCAAUGUAGAACAGAGGCACCGAAUUUCAUUAACA